GCGAUCGGAAGACCGUGUUCCAACAUUGACCAAGGCCCCCACAUUUGGAAAUUGUAAAGACGCAGGCACUGAGGCACAAACAGCACAACGCAAGGUGGUCACAGACGGUGACAAAACCUCCCUGAGUCUCAGCCUCUCAGGUUGAGCUUCGGCAUGAUAUGCGCCGCGUUCGCUCAGCCGCCAAUUGGAGGCUUCCCAGCCAUUUUAAAACCACUGUCUUCAUCGUAAUCUGUGCCAACCGUCAGUGCUUCAAGUGAAAGACACCUCAACUUCCUCAACCCUCACAAGCUACAAUAAAAUGAGCGACAACUUCCUCUGGGGCUACGCAACCGCGUCCUUUCAAGUGGAAGGCGCCGUUGACGCUGACGGUCGUGGUCCUUCCAUUUGGGAUACAUUCACCCACAUCCCGGGUAACAUCGCCGAUGGCUCAAAUGCAGAUGUAAGCGUCGACCAGUAUCAUCGCGCAGAGGAGGAUAUCAUGCUUCUCAAAACACUUGGGGCAAGGGCCUAUCGAUUUUCGAUUUCCUGGUCUCGCGUCAUCCCCCUCGGCGGCAAAGAUGAUCCGGUCAAUGAGGCAGGCGUCGAAUACUACGCAAAGUUGAUUGAACUUUGCCAUGCUCACGGCAUUGUGCCCUUUGUUACUUUGCAUCACUGGGACACGCCUCAGGCUUUGGUCGAUCGAUAUGGAGGCAUGCUCAACACUCAAAAAUUUGUACCAGAUUUUGAGCGAUAUGCCACGGUGUGCUUCGAUCGUUUCGGCAGGGACGUUCGACACUGGCUGACAUUUAAUGAGCCUUGGGUCAUCUCUAUCCUUGGCUAUGGGAUUGGCGCAUUUGCGCCUGGGCGCAGCUCGAACAGAUCACAUCGAGCUGUUGGCGACUCGAGCACUGAGCCUUGGAUUGUUGGCCACAGCUGCAUUCUCGCCCAUGCCUCCGCAGUACGAGUGUAUCGUACAUGCUUCCAAGCUCAUCAGCGUGGUCAGAUUGGUAUCACCUUGAACGGAGACUGGGCCGAGCCUCUCGAGCCAGAUAAUGCAGAGCAUGUGGCGGCUGCUCAACGACAUCUCGAAUUUUGGAUCGGAUGGUUCGCAGAUCCUAUCUAUCUGGGCGAUUAUCCAGCAAGUAUGCGAGCGAAGCUGGGCGAUCGGCUGCCAUGUUUCACUGAUGAAGAGAAGGACUUGGUCAAGGGCUCCAGUGACUUUUACGGUAUGAACCACUACACAUCUAACUACAUUGUGCCUGAUGAAUGCUCUGGCGUAACGGAGUAUAUGGGCGAUGCAAAGUAUGUAUACGAAAAGGAUGGUAUUCCCAUUGGCCCGCAAGCAGAGAGCACUUGGCUGAGAGUCGUUCCAUGGGGCUUUCGAAAGCUACUGAAUUGGAUCCAUCUCCGGUAUGCUAUGCCGAUUUAUGUGACGGAGUUUGGCUGCUCUGUACCUGGCGAGUGUCAGAUGUCCCUAGAUCAGAUUGUGCAAGACGACUUUCGAAUCAAUUAUUAUCACGGCUACCUGGAUUCUAUGCUGGAGGCGAAAGAGGUCGAUGGGGUUGACGUUCGAGCCGCCUUCCCUUGGUCGCUGCUGGACAACUUCGAAUGGGCGUCGGGCCUCAGUGUACGAUUUGGAGUCGUCCACGUCGACUAUGACACGCUUGUACGCACGCCAAAGGCCUCAUCUGCCUUUGUCAAAAAGUGGUUCGAAGACCACCAUGAACGUUUGCAGCGCUAAUGAGUGGACCAAUGGAUUAGCUUUGUGAAAAGGUUUCAAUGUGGUGUUCACGUCUACUACAGUCAUACUACCGGUUAUUGGAUAUUUGUGAUCGUUCCCAGUAUAGUUCCCGAACAGUGUGACAUAAUCGCAUAAGCUAGGCU